AUGGAAUACCUGCCACCUCUUUCUUCGUCAUUGUUUGUAAUGCAAAAUGCCAAACAUGUGAGCAUUAACGAAGAUGGCGUUCGACGUUUAGUGGAAAUGGUUGAGUUAAAGAUAUUUGUAACUUCUUUGCUCAAUUUCUCAUUUUGGAGUAAGAGUCAUGUUAAUUUCGAAGUGUCAUACUGCGAUAAGAUUUAUACGGGUUACUGGGCUCUUUGUGCAGCAGUUAAUCGAGCCAUCGAUGAAGGAGUAGAUUUACUGAAUCCAAAAGUAUACCAGAGUGUAACUGAAGAACAAUUAAGAUACAUAUUUCGCUCACAUACGGCUGAGCCUAUUCCAUUGUUUGAUGAAAGACUGAAUGCUCUGAGAGAUGCUGGAAAAACCUUACUGGAGAACUUCGAUGGGUCAUUUAAAAAUGCUCUAUCUUUGUGUGACAAUUCUGCAGCCAAGCUUUUAAAAUUGUUGUGUGAUUAUUUUCCUUCUUUCCGCGAUUACGGUCUGUACAAAGGAAAACACGUUUCAUUCUUGAAACGUGCUCAGAUUUUGGUUGGUGAUUUGUGGUAUUGUUUUGAGGGCAAAGGAUUCGGGUACUUCCAUGACAUAGAUGAGAUAACUGCCUUUGCUGACUACAGAGUCCCGCAAGUGUUGAAUUAUUUUGGUGUUAUAGAAUACAGUGAAGAUUUAGCAACAAAGAUACAUAAUGGUGAAGAAAUUUCAAACGGCAGCGAACUAGAAAUUGAAAUUCGAGCAGCCACAAUAUUAGUUGUGCACAACAUUGUCAAAUCAUUACGCAGUAAUAACAUCAGCUGCAACUCGGUCGUGGUAGACAAUUUCCUUUGGAACUAUCGACGUUCUCAUGCUGAUGAAAUCGAUGCCAAAAUUCCAAUGCACAGGACACGUUGCAUUUACUACUGA